AAAUAAGCUUUAGAACAAACACUUGUUGUAUUUUCCUUCAUCAAUCGAUUUCUCUCAAUUAGGGUUCUAAAUUUUUUUCGUGUCAUUGUUGUUCAUCCUUGUCUGUCUCGUCUCGUCUCAAUUACAGAACCAAAGCUCUGUUUCUCCAGGUAGAAUCAAAAGAAUGGAUGGUUCAGACGAUGCUUCCACACUUCAAGAGCCUCCUGACCCUGAAGUGCUUGAAGUUGAUCCAACUUUUCGAUAUAUACGGUAUAAAGAGGUUAUUGGAAAAGGCGCAUUCAAGACUGUUUAUAAGGCGUUCGAUGAAGUAGAUGGGAUUGAAGUCGCGUGGAACCAAGUACGAAUAGAUGAUGUUUUGCAGUCUCCGAAUUGCCUUGAGAGGCUUUAUUCUGAAGUGCGUCUGUUAAAAUCAUUGAAGCACAGUAAUAUCAUUAGGUUCUAUAACUCAUGGAUAGAUGAUAAGAACAAGACAGUUAACAUAAUAACUGAGCUAUUCACUUCAGGGAGCCUCCGACACUACCGUAAGAAACACAGGAAGGUGAACAUGAAGGCCGUGAAGAAUUGGGCGAGGCAGAUUUUAAUGGGUUUGAGAUAUCUUCACGGUCAAGAGCCACCAAUUAUACAUAGGGAUCUCAAAUGCGAUAACAUUUUCAUCAACGGAAACCAUGGAGAAGUGAAAAUAGGAGAUCUUGGUCUAGCUACUGUCAUGGAGCAAGCUAAUGCCAAAAGUGUCAUUGGAACACCAGAGUUUAUGGCACCCGAGCUUUAUGAUGAGAACUACAACGAACUGGCUGAUAUUUAUUCAUUUGGGAUGUGUAUGUUGGAGAUGGUGACAUUUGAAUACCCAUACUGUGAAUGCAAAAACUCUGCUCAGAUAUACAAGAAAGUUUCAUCGGGAAUAAAACCUGCUUCACUCUCUAGGGUUCAAGACCCAGAAGUAAAGCAGUUUAUUGAGAAAUGCUUGCUUCCUGCAACGGAGAGGUUAUCAGCAAAAGAGCUUCUGCUGGACCCUUUUCUUCAUGUCAAUGGUUUAACAAUGCACAACCCUUUGCCACUUCCAGACAUUGUAAUGCCCAAAGAUGGUGCGUUUGGAGAUCGUUGCCUUAUGUCUGAAGGCCCUGCUACAGCACGGCGUAGUAAACCCAUGUCUAUAGAUCUCGAUGAAGACAACCUGCCUAUUGUUACUUUUUGCGACACCUCAGGAUCCAGGUGUAUUGAGGUUAGACGAGCAAAGAGAGGAAAUUUCUUUGUCCUCAAGGGUGAAGAAAACGAUGAACACUCUGUGUCGCUAAUUCUUAGAAUAGUAGAUGAGAAUGGACGUGUGAGGAACAUUCAUUUCCUGUUCUAUCAAGAAGGUGACACUGCUUCUAAGGUGUCGAGUGAAAUGGUUGAGCAACUCGAGUUGACUGACCAGAACGUCACGUUUAUAGCCGAACUGAUUGAUAUAUUACUUAUCAACAUGAUACCCACCUGGAAAACUGAUGUCACAGUCGAUCAUCUCAUUCACUCGCAACUAAAUCAUAACUCAAGAAGUCAGCAGCACGAAGCCAAGACCAUACAGAGACAAGAGGAGACUGCUUUUCAUGAUGCGAGUGAGUCGAUUAGCCACUCGUUGAACUCGGAUUUCCCACGAUCAGAAGAUGACGAUAAGCAGCAAUGUGUCGAUUCUACCAAUGGAGAAAACGGGAGCUCCAAAGAAGCAGAAGAGGCAACCGAACCAGUAAGUUUGGAGGAAGAAGAAAGGUUAAGACAGGAACUGGAGGAGAUAGAAGCUAAGUAUCAGGAAGAGAUGAAAGAAGUAACAAAGAAAAGAGAAGAAGCUAUAAUGGAGACGAAGAAGAAGUUGUCUGUGAUGAAGUUGAAGUAAGCCAAAAAGCACAACAAUUCAUUACUUCACUUCUUGUUUUUUAAUCUGUUUGGUUGUUGAAGAAGAAGCUCUUCGCUCCCUGAAAGUGUAGAAAGUUUCCUACAGGAUGAAGCGUUUCUUUUUGAUAA